AAGAUGAAGACACCAGAUAGUACUUCAAGUUCUUCGAAAUAUGAGGGCUGUUCAUCAAGAACAACCACACCGUGUACACCUGAAGCUCAUGGAAGUAAUAAAUUGGAUAAACCAAUUCAAGAUACGGAUUUGUACGUACAUGAUGUGUUCAAAGCGAAACUGAUUCUUAACGAAGCAAACGUCGAUGAAACAGGUGACAUGAUUAAGACUCCCUUGCAGGAGCAGAAAUGUCUAAUUUCUGCGAAUAGUAGUGCGUCUUCUGCCAAAUCACAGCCGAGCUUCUCGCCUCUUCCUCUCACCCCUUCCCCAGCGAGUGUAACUGGGAAGGGGUUGCAAGGAAGUGCGAAGGUUAUUCGAAAUGGAAUAGCUGAUUUGACAAACUUGUCUUUAAACUGGAAACAAUUACAGAAUGAUAGCUACUCUCAAUUCGUGAAGGUACUCGAUCAUGUGGCGUCGUAUGAGAAUGAGGACAAUUCGGGUCCAAGAUUCACCAAAAAGUACGACGAAAAGUUGAAUAAAUUAUGUGCAGCUCUUUCUGACUGUCUGUCUAAAUUGCAAAAAGAAGUCAAUUCUAUGCGAGAGAUACAACACAGGUUUCAAAAAUGCGAGGACUUGCAAAGAGCUCAGUUUGAAUUGCAGCAUGAAAGUUUCGGAAUUAGUGCUGAGUUGCUGAAUAAAUCGAUAUUGUUCUAUUCGUGGGAGAUCAAUCAGUUCGUGGAAAGUUGUUACAAAAUAUUGAAGGCAUAUGAAGUGCAGACGCAAUUGCUAAAGAGACUAUCAACAGACGUCAUUCUUCUACCAUCUGAACAAAUGAACAACAAGGAUCUACGAGUGUUCUACCUUUCUGCAUGGCUACAUACACCAUACCUCACACAAGAAAUCGAAGCAAAACUUCACCUAAUGCAAAUUGAAACCGGACUGGAACCUUUCUGAA